UUAUUAAAGAAGUCAAAGUUAUGAAUGGCAACAAUCAUCCAAAUUUAAUUCAUUACCAUACUUCAUUUUUAGAAAACAAUUCAUUAUGGUUGGUCAUGGAUUAUUUAGGCGGUGGUUCAUUAGCAGACAUUAUGAAGUACAAGUACCCAGAUGGUAUUCCAGAGAUCUUAUCCAUUACCAUAUUAAAAUCAUUAUUAAAAGGUUUAGAAUAUCUUCAUUCACAUCAAAGAAUUCACAGAGAUCUCAAAAGUGAUAAUAUAUUAAUAGGUGAAGACGGCUCAAUUGAACUCGCUGAUUUUGGUGUUAGUGCUAUGUUUGAAAAGAAUACUUUUUGUUCAAGAAAAACUAUUGUUGGUACUCCAUGUUGGAUGGCACCUGAAAUUAUUUCAGAAAGAGGUUACAAUCAAGGUGUCGAUAUCUGGUCAUUUGGUAUUACAGCAAUCGAAUUAAUCAAAGGUAAACCACCAGGUUGUGAUUUACCACCAAGCAAGGUAUUUAUGAAUCUUUUAUUUGGUAAUUCCCCAAAUUUAGCCGAAGAAGAGGAAAAAGGUAGCUGCAGUCAUCUCUAUAAAGAUAUGGUCGAUAAAUGUCUUCAAAAAGAUCCAAAUAAAAGACCAAGUGCUUCAAAAUUAUUAGAACAUAAGGUUUUUAAAGCUGCUAAAAAGAAUAAUUAUAUUGUUACCCAUCUUCUUCAUGGUUUAACUCCAUGCGAGGAUAGAUAUAGGGAAUCAAUGUCACCAAAUGGCUCAAAUAACCCAACUCCAAAUAGUUCAAGACCAUCAUCCCCAGAACAUGACCUUGGUGGUAGUGGUCAUCACCCAUUAUCAAGCAGUGUUGUUGCUAAACAACAGCUCAAGAAAUCCUCUUCAUCUUUGGAUCUCAAAAAUAAAAAUCAUGCUGACGUUAAUAUGCCAAGAGCUUCCUCUCAUCCAGUUGAACUCCACAAUUUAGAACACAAUAGAAAUAAUCUUUCAGAGUCUGGUUCACCAACAAAUCCAUUAUCAUCCUCAGUAGAUAGUCACAAUACAGGUAAAAAUAAAAAUAAGAAGCAUAGUAUUGGUAGUAGCGGAAGCAACGUAAUUCAAAAUCCUUCUGGAUCGCCACCAUUAUCUACUUCACCAGAUAAAGAAAGAAAGAAAGGUUUCUUUAAUCACUUUAGAAGACACUCAAUCGCUAAAUUAUUUGGUUCACCAAAAGAAGAGAAUCAACAUCAUCAUCAUAGUAAAAGUAAUGAUGAGGAACACCACCAUCAUUUCCAUUUCCCUUGGAGACAUCAUCAUAGUCCAAAUACUAAUCACGUAGAAUCUUAAAAUAAUAUUUAUAAUAAAAAUAAUAAUACAAAUAAUAAUAAUUUAAUUAUAUAUACUUUUAAAAACAAAAAAAAAAUUCAAUCUAUUCAAAUAAUUUUAAUAUCAAUAUAUUUAUUUUAGAAUUAUAAAUAUAAAUUUUCUUUUUUUAAAAGAAAAAAAAUAUAACAAAGUUAAAAAACAAAAAAUAAACUAAAAUAAUUGUAAAUUUAAAAUCC